CGCGGUUUCCUCAACAGCGGUCCAACCACAUACAGCGGUGUUGGACGUCAUUAUCGAAACAAACAUGGCGGCCCGCAAGUGAUGUGUGAAGGUUGCUGUCCAUUUGAAAGAUUGUCACAAAAAUGCUGGAAAUAUGCUCGGAUUAACAAUAAGAGAGGUAUCUUUAGCACUCAGAGAGGGAAAAAUCUCCCCAACAGAGCUUUGCAGGAAGUGUCUGAACCACAUCAAGAAAACACAACAUCUUAAUGCAUACAUAACUGUGACAGAGGAGUCAGCGCUGAAGCAGGCCCAAGAGGCAGAAACCAGACUGUUGCAAGGUGCCCCCAAAGGUCAUCUGGAUGGAAUCCCCUUUGCAGUCAAGGAUAACUUCUGUACAGAGAAUAUCAAGACCACAUGUGCUUCCAGGAUGCUGAAAGAGUACACCCCACUCUACAAUGCUACAGUGGUCCAGAAGCUCUUGGACCAAGGAGCUGUUCUCAUGGGGAAGACCAACAUGGAUGAGUUUGCUAUGGGUGCAGGCAGUACUGAUGGGGCUUUCGGCCCAGUGAGAAACCCCUGGAGUUAUGCAGCUCCCUACAGAGAGCAGACAGGAGCAGUGGCAGACUCUAACUGGGUGGUCACUGGAGGAAGUUCAGGAGGAAGUGCUGCAGCUGUGGCCUCACUCACCAGCUACCUGGCUCUGGGUUCAGACACAGGCGGUUCUACUCGUAAUCCUGGAGCCCUAUGUGGCGUUGUGGCCUUGAAGCCCACAUAUGGUCUGCUGUCCAGACAUGGUCUCAUCCCAUUGGUCAACUCCAUGGAUGUCCCUGGCAUUAUGACCCGGAGUGUCAGUGAUGCAGCCAUCGUCUUAGAUAUCCUUCAAGGUUUUGAUAUUAGAGAUUCAACAACAGUUCCCAUACCCUCUUCACUGACUGAGCUACCUGAUGACUUUGCUGCCAAGAACAUCUGUGUAGGCAUCCCCAAGGAGUACCACGCCCCAGGGCUGUCUGAGGAGAUUCUAGUGCAGUGGAGUCGUGUUGCUGACAUGUUUGAGAGAGCAGGGGCGCGGGUGGUGCAAGUAUCCCUCCCCCACACCCAGUACUCCAUUGUGUGCUACCACGUCCUGUGCCAUGCUGAAGUGGCGUCUAACAUGGCCCGUUUUGACGGCCUAGAAUAUGGCCAUCGUAGUCCAGUGAACAGCUCAACGGAAGCCAUGUAUGCCUCAACCCGACAUGAGGGCUUCAACGAUGUAGUGAGAGGGAGGAUAUUGUCUGGAAACUACUUCCUGCUCAAACAGAACUACCAGCACUACUUUGUGAAGGCUCAGAAAGUCCGCCGACUUAUUACAAACGAUUUCAAGCACGUGUUCAGCACAGGUGUGGACUUGCUGCUGACGCCCACCACUCUGACUGACGCAGCCUGUUACUCCGAGUUCACACAGGAAGACAACCGAACUCGCAGCGCACAGGAAGACAUCUUCACCCAGCCUGUCAACAUGGCAGGUCUCCCCUCUGUUUGUGUGCCAACCGCUUUAUCAAAACGGGGCCUUCCCAUUGGUUUGCAGCUUAUCGGCCCCGCCUUCCAAGACAAGAAGCUCCUUAGUGUUGCCCAAUGGGUUGAGCAGAGGGUUGGGUUUCCCUCCAUCAGUGACUAUGGAGACUCCAGCGAAAGGAGAAAGGAUACAGGAAUGACUAAUGGAGAGCAGGCUUCAGCUUUAUGAGGACAACUGUGGACACAAGUAACUGACUGUUGAAAAAGUCACUAAACACAGGUACACAGUAUGGACUAUGCUAUUUGAUGGACAUUCUUAGCUUGUAGCUUGUAAGACACCUUUUCAGGACAUUUGUGUUGAGUCCAGAGCUGAGGCUUUAAAUUUCUUUGAUGGAAUGAAACACAAUUAAAAUGAGUGACAAACUCAACGACAUUCAUCACAUCAUGAGAGCUGGACAUUGUACUCAAUCUGUGAUCUGUUGCUGUAUGUGUUCUCUGAAGGUGGUGCUAAUAAAUAAAUACAGGAUGGAUUUACUCUGA